GAUUUUUAACCAGAACCGAAUUUGGAGUGAAGUGGACAUUUGGGUUUAUCACUUGAUCUGGGUUGCCGGUAGACGGCAGUCUCAGUCCUCGUUGUUUUCACUCCUCUGUAACACUCAUAAACACAGGACAGCACCUUGCUGCAGCGCUGCUCGCUCCUCUGGCUCUGCUCGUUGCUGUAUCGCGACUGGACGCCAUCGCAGCAUCUCCUGGCGCUCCUUGGAACCUCGGCUCCUCAGCUCUCGCGACCUCGUUCCAGCCCAAGCCGACUGAGUCGUCUCUCUUCGCCUUCUCUUUGGGAUCCCAGCCGACGAAUAGAGGUAGGCACUCGUUACCCUCCGCUAGACUUUCAGCCAAGGCCGGUCCUUCGAUUUUGGGGCCUAUGGGCGAUAUAUUAUGUUGGUUCAAGACAAAAAAGUAAUCUCUAAAUAUCUAUAAACGAAACAUGACCCACUAUUGGUUUAUUCUUUUCACCUAAAUCACAUUUAUCUUGCUCAAUUUCAAUUUUUGCGGCUUCUACACCUAUAUCAUUAUUUCCAAGACUUUAGCUGCGAUUAAAUUUGAGAAUAAUUUUUUGGGCAUGUUAUGAUUUUCAUUCGCAAAAGACUUUAGCGGCUGUCUUUUCUAAUCUUUUUCUCUUUUUCCUAACCAGAUACAUCCAUUUUAUCAACCACCUUCACAAUAGUAAAACGAAAUAAAGGACUUCAAUUUCAAAAUUGCACAAUACCACACAAAUAUGAAUUUACGAAGACACUAAAAAAUGCAUCAUAUAAAUCAUUAAUCAUGCAUAAUUCAUAAAUCAAAAGAACAUUUGGUGUAUUUAUUUUUCAUAGCUAAUAGAUUGAGAAUAAUUUACUAGCCGUUGUCGGAUUGUUUGAAGCCUUGAUAGAAGAAGGUAGUCUAGUCGCCGGCCGCUGUUUGAGCUCCUCGCCGCUGACCGCUUUGGCUAAUGGCAAUUUGCAGGCUUGCGGCGCUCUCUAAUGUCUACUCUUGUGCGAGACGGAUUCUGAAAGAUACACCGAAUUUGGAUGGCAUCUCUAACUUCAAUAUCAAGAAGCUUCAUAAGACAAUCUGUGAUCAGCCGUCCAAGAACAACAACUGCCCCAAGAUGCAUGAGCAACUUGCCAGAGAAUGCGGUGUAUGGUGGUCCCAAGCCGCAGGACCAUAACAAGAGAACAACACUCACCACUCUCCGACAGAAGCACCACAAGGGGGAACCCAUAACCAUGGUCACUGCUUACGAUUACCCUUCUGCUGUGCAUCUUGACAUGGCUGGAAUUGAUAUAUGUCUAGUUGGUGACUCUGCCGCGAUGGUGGUCCACGGACACGACACCACCCUUCCAAUUACCCUUGAUGAGAUGCUUGUGCAUUGUCGAGCCGUCGCUAGAGGGGCUAAACACCCUUUUCUUGUUUGUGAUCUCCCUUUUGGUAGCUAUGAGGCCAGCACUGGGCAGACGGUGGGAUGGAGGCAGUACUACUUAAGUGGGGCAUCUGAGCAUUUCAGCUACGGUUCAGAAAAGAAAAGACCAUCUACUAUUAGGCGAAUGCUGUCGAAGCAGCAGUAAGAGUUUUAAAGGAAGGAGCUAUGGAUGCUAUUAAGUUGGAAGCCGGUGCACCUUCCAGAAUUACAGCCGCUAAAGCGAUUGUCGACUCAGGAAUUGCUGUUAUGGGGCAUGUUGGACUUACCCCUCAGGCCAUUAGUGUUCUUGGAGGAUUUAGGCCCCAAGGUAGAAAUGUUUCUAGUGCAGUCAAGGUUUUAGAAACUGCAUUAGCUUUCCAGGAGGCAGGGUGUUUUUCUGUUGUCAUGGAAUGUGUGCCACCACAAGUGGCAGCAGCAGCAACUUCUGUUCUUAAGAUUCCCACUAUUGGCAUUGGGGCUGGCCCCUUUUGCAGUGGUCAGGUGCUAGUUUAUCAUGAUUUACUUGGGAUGAUGCAACAUCCACACCACGCCAAGGUUACUCCAAAGUUCUGUAAACAAUUCGGGCAUGUUGGAGAUGAAAUCAACAGAGCACUUCUAGCAUACAAGGAAGAAGUGACUAGUGGCUCCUUUCCUGGUGCUGCUUAUAGUCCAUAUAAAAUCAGCCCCACUGAAAUGGAUGGUUUCGUGGAAGAGCUACAGAAGUUGGGUUACAAUGAUGCAGCAUCUGCAGCUGCUGCAGCAGCAGAUGGGAUGAUUCAGACUCCACCAAAAUGAUAACAGUGUGAGCUAAGUUGCUGAUGGCUUUCCACCUAUUAGUUUUCGUUUCGGAAUAGUAAUAAUAAUGCGCCAAUUUUGUUGUAUUAAUUCCCCCCUGAUUACUACUCUUGUCAUACCUAGAUUUCCACCCUUUCUGUGCACAGCAGGAAGUUGAACAUUAGAUUAAACCCACAAGAUAUAAAAAAGUCCAACCAUUUAAUUUUUCAAUAAGAUGGGUGCACAUAUUUACUUUU